GAGCAAACCGUUAUGUCGUUAUCAACCAAACUAGGUAGUUUAUUCAUACGGACACUGGCUAAACCGAUAUCUUCGAGUCUAAAGAAUCAAGCAAGCAACCAUGAGUCAUUCAAGCGAGUGUGCGUCAACGUCGCUCAAGGAUUGCAUUCAUUUGAGGGACGUAUGAGGAGCAAUUUAUUAGGACAAAAGCAGCAUAAUACUAGACCAUUAUCGGAAGCUAGAGCUAUACAGCAAGGUGCUAAUACGAUGUCUGAGGCAUUCCUAUUUACGGUUGCGGCAGCCUUAAUACUUGGUGAGACCUGGAGAUCGUCAAAGAAAGAAUCUACAAGACGUGAAGAUGUAAAGGAUAAGCUAGAAAUGCUAGAUAACUCAGUGAAAACGCUUUGUCUACAGAAUGAUGAAUUGAUACACGAGAAUGAUAACCUACGAGCUGCGUUUAAUAAACUAAUUAACAAAGAAACGUUUAAAGAAGCUCAAAAGGAGUUAGAACUUCAUUUAGCUGCUUACUACUACCGUCAUAAUAUGGGUAAUACGACAUCAUCAUCAAGCACGACCCGUGAGAGAGGAAUAGACCACGUUGACGGUGGUACAGACUGGGAUAAGGACGUCGUCCGUGAAUUGAUAAUCCAGCGUAAACUUGCGCCAUUUUAUAAGGGUUUAAAUGAUUACAAUAACGAAAUGUCAGAUUUAGAUAUUUUACAAGAAAAGUACAAUGGUAAUUUCAAUUCCCCUAAUGCCUCACCUCAAACGCAGAUCAAGUCACCGAGGAGAACAGCUUCAAAUUCAUCCAAUCAACUCAAGAAACCAACCGUAAAUUUUGAAGCUUUCAUCUACAGGAAUGCACAGGAGUGCCCUAUUUGCUUCUUAUUUUAUCCCCCAAAUCAAAACCGUAGCAGAUGCUGUGAUCAACCACUAUGUACUGAUUGCUUCGUCCAAAUAAAGAGAGCUGAACCAACUACCACGCAUUUAGAAUCUGAACCAGCCGCUUGUCCAUAUUGCGCUCAGGAUAAUUUCGGUAUUACUUACUCACCUCCACAAUGGCGUGCCGGAACAGGUGCAAGUCCUUCUCAAGAAAUUAAUAUCGACAAGGCUCUUAGCAACGUCGAAGCACCUAGACAGCGCAGGAAAUCUAUAAGUGCGGAUAGUCCAGAAGUAGUUACUAUUGAUACUAUUCGCCCAGAUUGGAAAUUAAAACUAGACCACGUGCGUGCACAAGCCGCUCGUCGUGCUAAUAGAAGGAUCAUUAUGCGUCAAGUCGGUGACAGGCUUGUCCCAAUCGGCGUUACAUCAUCUAGACACCCACUCGCGAAUUCACAAUUACCUACCGGUCUCUUCCUUUCUUCAGAGGGUACAGUUCAGUCAACUCAGCAAGCUUCCCAACAACCUGCACACAGAUCGCGCUCAAAUCGCGCUGGCCGUAGAGCUGUCGAUAAUCUAGUAAAUAGUCUUGGAACUGGUGCAGAUUUAGAAGAUGCUAUGAUUAUGGAAGCUAUGCGAUUGAGCUUAUUAGAUGAGCAGGAGAGGAACAGACGUCGCGACGAAGAAGAAAGAGAUGAAAGACAAGCGCUUGAGAGAAGCUCAUCACAAAUUGAAAUGUCUACUGACAAUCAAAGUGUCAAUACCCCUGAAGACGCGCAACCGAAGCCUACGACAAAUACAACCCAGGCAGACGAACAAUCAAAUGUAAAGAACGACAACAGCGAACAUUCAAGUCUUGCGAACGAAUAUAGAGAGCAAAGACGGCUUUCUGAUGGUUCCAUUGACAGAACUGGCCUUCUCGCACCAACAGAGGGCAGCACAUCACAUGAACAAUAAAAAUUAUUGCUAAUUGUUCUUAAGAUUAGUGUUACAAAUAAGUGUAAAUAAUUGUACAAUGAUUUCGAUUGAAUAUAUCUACUCGUAUCUACUCUGAUCCGGCGAGUUUCCACAAGUAAUUACUAUGGAAAAAAGCACUAGCAUUUUUAUCUAAAAUAACGCUAUUGAGGUCGUUUGACUCGUCGUUACGUACGAGCACUUUAUUGACUUUACCUGUGUGAUCAUCUGUCACUAUUUCAAAACCUAAAUCGCGUAAUAUCUUUAAUCUAAGGACUACUUGAUCCAUCGAAUGUUCAUCUGCUGGCCUGAUUGUUUGUAAUUCAGACCACUCUUCUUUAAGUUUGUUCAAAGUAGAUUCACAUUUAGUCAACGACUGUUCCAGUUCGGUGAUAGAAUUGGCCAAUUGGAACUUUUUGUUAUCCUGUUGAAACAUAUUCUCCUGAUGCUCUUCAGGUGUAGGUACGGUAUUUGGUCUAUUAGCAGCUAAUCUAGCAUUCUCUAGUUGUCGCGUGAGAUUUCUUAAAGAUUGUUUAGCGUUGUCUCUAGAUUUCUGGCGUUCGUUGGCUCUCAAUUUCAUCAACUGGUCGAUCUGUUCCAAACCAGUCGCGUCUGAUUCCGGGUUAAGCAAGUCCAUCGUGAGCACUUCACGCAUUACGGAAAUUUGAUCACUCAGAUUUUGUGAUAUCGAC